AAUAUAUAAGAUUAUCAAGAAGAUGGGAGCAGCAAAGCAAACAGAUUUAGCAUGCAUUUCAGAAGGUGAAGGAUCAUCAUGUGUCGAACAACAUGCCAUCAUUGAAGCAGCACCGAUUGUGUCAUCCUACAAUGAAAAAAUCCGUCCUCUCCUUGACGCCAUUGACAAGCUCAGGAGCCUCAUGUCAAUACAUCAGAUUAUCAAGAAGAUGGGAGCAGCAAAGCAAACAGAUUUAGCAUGCAUUUCAGAAGGUGAAGGAUCAUCAUGUGUAGAACAACAUGCCAUCAUUGAAGCCGCACCGAUUGUGUCAUCCUACAAUGACAAAAUCCGUCCUCUGCUUGACGCCGUUGACAAGCUCAGGAGCCUCAUGGUUAUGGAGGAAGGCAUUCAGCUCCCCACCAUUGUUGUUGUAGGUGACCAAUCAUCUGGCAAAUCAAGCGUCCUUGAAUCCCUGGCCGGCAUCAGCCUGCCACGUGGACAAGGUAUCUGCACCAGAGUACCCCUUAUAAUGAGGCUUCAACACCACUCUAGUCCUGAACCAGAGUUCCGGUUGGAGUACAAUGGCAAAGUUGAGCACACUGAUGAGGUCAACAUUGCUGAUGAUAUUGUCAAUGCCACCAAUGUUAUUGCUGGUGGAGGUAAGGGAAUUUCUAACACCCCAUUGACUCUGUUGGUGAAAAAGAAUGGUGUUCCUGAUUUGACUAUGGUUGAUCUCCCUGGAAUCACUAGAGUUCCUGUUCAUGGUCAGCCUGAGGAUAUCUAUGAUCAAAUCAAAGAUAUGAUCAUGGAGUAUAUCAAGCCUGAAGAGAGCAUCAUUCUCAAUGUGUUGUCUGCUACUGUCGAUUUUACAACUUGUGAAUCCAUCAGGAUGUCACAGACUGUGGAUAAAGCUGGUGAUAGGACUCUGGCUGUGGUCACAAAGGUUGAUAAGGCGCCCGAAGGACUAUUAGAGAAGGUUACAGCAGAUGAUGUUAGUAUUGGUCUUGGUUAUGUUUGUGUGAGGAACCGGAUUGGAGAUGAAACUUAUGAGGAGGCAAGGGCUAUAUCUCAACAACUUUUUCAAACUCAUCCUUUGCUGUCCAAGAUUGAUAAAUCUAUGGUUGGAAUUCCAGUUCUGGCUCAAAAGUUGGUGCAGAUUCAAGCUUCUAGCAUAGCUAGAAACUUGCCAGACAUCGUCAAGAAGAUAAAUGACAAGCUGGGUUCUUGUCUUUUGGAGUUGAACAAAAUGCCAAAGAAACUGUCAUCUGUUAGUGAAGCCAUGACCACGUUUAUGCAGAUCAUCGGAUCAUCAAAAGAAUCGCUUAGGAAAAUUCUGAUGAGAGGAGAAUUUGAUGAAUUCCCUGAUGACAAGCGCAUGCAUUGCACUGCUCGGCUUUAUGAGAUGCUCAAUCAGUACUCAGAUCAACUUCAAAAGUGUGAAGAAAGUGACCCAAAAAAGAACUUCUUAGUAGAGGAGAUCAAGAUUUUGGAGGAAGCAAAAGGUAUUAGUCUUCCGAAUUUUGUUCCCCGCAAUGCUUUUCUUGUUAUCUUGCAGGGAAAAGUGAAGGGAAUCUCGAGCAUACCUGUUGGAUUUGUUGAGAAGGUUUGGAGUUAUAUUGAAGAAGUGGUUAUGUCUGUGUUAAUGCAUAAUACAGAAGACUAUUAUCAGCUUCAGGUAUGCACCAGAAGAGCCGGCCGUAAUCUUAUAACAAGGAUGAAAGAAAGGUCAGUUGAGUGGAUGAUGGAGAUAGUGGAAAUGGAGAACCUGACUGAUUAUACAUGUAAUCCAGAAUAUGUAUCCGAAUGUAGUAGGCUUAUGGGUCAACAAGGCACAUUUAUACAUUUGGUGUUAAAUAAAAACCACUCUAAGAUCGAUGUAGAGGGUAUUGGGGAAGUUGAAGUUGGAGUCCUUCGGCAGUAUCCUCAAGUUCUGUCUCAGGCUUUCGACUUGAAAGUGAGGAUGACUGCCUAUUGGAAAGUUGUUCUGAGAAGGCUUGUUGAUUGUAUGGCUUUGCAUUUGCAGUUGAGUGUUUCGAAACUUGUGAACCAAGAGAUGGAGAGUGAGAUUGUGAAUGAGUUGAUGGGACCAAAUUGUGGUGGUGGGAUUGAGAAAAUGCUGGAGGAAUCUCCAGCAGUUGCCAUCAAGCGCGAGAAGCUGAUUAAGAGCAUCAAAAAGCUCAGGGAUUCCAAAGAGGUUGUUGCUAAGAUCUUGGAUGGUGUUGCUACCUAAUGGUCUCUUUCUAGCUAGUACUAAAAAUAGUGCGGUUUGUUUAUCAUGUUAUGUUUGUAUGAACUAUCUAUUUCUGUCAAUUAGUACAGUGAAUUUGCUUUAAUUUUGAUGCAGCUUAAGUUUCUAGCUAGUACUAAAAGUAAUGCGGUUUGUUUAUCAUGUUUGUAUGUAACUAUGUACUAUCUAUUUCUGGCAAUUAGUAGAGUGGAUUUGCUUUAAUUUUGAUGCAGCUUAAGUUU